GUCGCCAAAUAUCUUGGGAAUGUCAAGAUGCACAGCUCGCUGGAGAGCAAUACCCUCGGUCCCAAUGUCUGGGACUACGAUCUGAUAUUGGAGAAGAUCGGUUAUGGAAAAACGCAAUGGAUACUCCUGCUUGUCAGCGGGCUGUUGACAAUCACAUCGGUUGCAUCCCAACAAGUCAUGGGUAUUAUUGUGAUCGCCUCGCAUUGUGAGUUUGAAACGACACAGGCUGAAAAAGGCGUGAUGAUGGCGGCUAGUGUUACAGGUAUUUUUCUAUCGACCUAUAUAUGGGGAUACAUAAGCGACGAUAUAGGACGCCGGAAAGUUCUACUCUAUGGUAAUUUCGCUAGCAAUGCCCUGCAAUUUAUUCUGAUGUUCGUUACCAGCGUUUGGGUCUUUAACAUUAUCAACCUCCUUGUUGGAAUCAGUGUCGGUGCAGUGUCGGCAGCACUCUAUGCAUAUCUAAGUGAAUUCAAUAUACCCCGACAUCGAGCGGUGGCGAUUAAUUAUUCGACAAUGUUUGUUAGUGUUACGGCAAUAUAUGUUCCAGCAACUGCUUGGCUGGUGCUUUCCUCAAAUUGGGCCAUUACCAUUGGGGAUUUUGUAUUUCGGCCAUGGCGUCUACUGCUCCUAGUUAGUCUUCUCCCAGGACUUAUUGGCGGCUUGAUAUUAUUAUUAUAUCCUGAGAGCCCGAAACUGUUACUAUCACAAGAUAAGAACAAGGAGGCUGUAGAAGCCGUUGGAUGGAUUAGCAAAUUUAACCGAGGCAAAUCAAUACAUCAAGUCCUAAAUUGUGAUGAGUUCACACUGAAAUCAGAAGAUCCAGCUGGCGAAAAUUUGUUGGCCGAAAGCCAAGGAUGUGGUAUAUUAUCCAAAAUUUGCAGAGCCACAGUUCCACUCUUCCACAAGCCCCAUGGAUUUAAUUUCAUUCUUUGUAAUUUGGCACUGUUUGGAAUGUUUUUCAGUUCAAACGGGAUGCAACUUUGGUUUCCAGAAAUUGUCAACCGCUCAUCGGGUGCAGAAAAUAAUUCUUCUACAGUCUGCGAAAUUCUGAGUGUACCUGUAGAAAAACCCAACGUAACUGAAACUUUGGACUGCUCUGAUCCCAUUUCGAGCAAAACCUAUAUCGACAACCUUAUUGUAGGCUUUGCAUUUUUAAUUGGUUUCUCUAUUCAAGGAGUGAUACUUAAUCCUUUGGGUCGAAAGAAUGUCCUGCUAGCGGCCCUUGCAGUUGCAGUUCUGAGCGGAGUUUUGCUGCACUUUAUGGAAAAUCCCACGGGAGUACUUGUCUUAUUUUGCCUUUACAUUCUUUUGCCUGGUCUCUCGAUUUCAAUUAUGAUAGGCGCCAUCGUUGAUCUGGUUCCCACAAACUUGAGAUCAAAGGCAGUUAGCUUUUGCAUGUCCCUGGGACGACUUGGCAUCAUCGCAGCUACAAACUUAAUGGGCGUUAUGCUCCAACCUUAUUGCAAUACCACCUUUGCCAUGUUUACUUGCACUCUUAUUGUGUGCAUUGUUAUUGUUCAUUACCUGCCAAUUCGGAACUCAGCUUAAAUCGUUUUUCAUCUUUGUCUUUGUAUAUUUUUUCUUCUUCAAUUUUUAUUAUUAAAUGUAUAAAUA